AUGCACCCCUGCAUCGCCCUCGAGCGACCGCGCAAGCUUUUGGGCAACGCGAGAGACGGGGCGCCCCGCUUGAUCGCCCACCCUCCCAGCAUCGCCUGCCGGCUCCAUUUUCCACGCUUCCGCCCGCGCGCGCAAUCGUUUGACCCCGCCCUCCCCUCUCGCAGGAAGCUCAUCCUCGCCCUCGCCGCCCUCGCGCCCGCCGCCGCCUUCGUGGCGCCGGCCGCCCAGUCCGCGACCGUCAAGGUCCAGGAGACCAAGGCCGACCUCGAGGCGCUCGCGGUCAAGCUCAACCCCGUCGUGGGCUACUACGACCCGCUCGGCCUCGCCGACGCCGACCUCUGGGGCCGCGGCAACGAGUACACCAUCGGCUGGCUCCGCCAGGCCGAGAUCAAGCACGGCCGCGUCGCCAUGGCCGGCUUCGUCGGCUACUGCCUCCACGCGAACGGCGUCCAGUUCCCGAUCCACAUCCCGGGCGACUACUCGACCAAGUCCCCCGCGGAGCUCUGGGACCAGAUGCCCGAGGCGGGCAAGUGGCAGAUCAUCCUCUUCGUCGGCUUCCUCGAGUUCUGGUCCGAGUCCGGCGCGGGCGGCGCGCACUACACCAAGGGCGGCAAGCCCGGCGCGUUCCCCUCGUUCAACUCGCCCGCCGCCGGCGACGAGUACAAGAUCCCCCACCCCGUGCCCCUCGACCUCUUCGACCCGGCCGGCCUCUCCAAGAACGCGUCGCCCGAGAAGAAGGAGCGCGGCCUCCUCAUCGAGAUCAACAACGGCCGCCUCGCGAUGCUCGGCCUCUUCGGCUUCCUCGCCGAGUCCAAGGUGCCCGGCUCCGUCCCGGCCCUCUCCUUCAUCCCCGCCUACGACGGCGACUACAUGGCCCCCUUCGCCGCCAACUUCCACGUCUUCAACUAGACGCCGACGCCGACGCCGGCCGCGCGGUGCCCGCUGGACGGGCGGCGCACGCGGGGCCACCCACCAAACCACAUAUAAGUGCCUUUCCCAGGU